AUGUCAACUUAUUCGCAAAAUGAGAAAAAAUUAUUAUACUCUAAAUGGUGCGAGAAAUUUGACCUUGCAAGGCACUCCUUACUUGCCAUUUUUGAACGACAGGACGGAAUUCAAGAAGUGAAACCAUCUCUACACAUUUCAACACAAAGAUAUCUCCAAAGUACUGUAAAUGUUCCAGUCAAUAUAAUUACUGGAGUCGGAUUUGGGGCAGUUGCUUGUGAUGGUCCUGGUAUUGGAGAUUAUCAAGUAGCUAUUCCUACCAACUUACUAUUUAACGGUGCUCGUGUUCCUAAUGAU